AUGGCCUCAGAUCUCCGGUAUCAGCUUUUACAGACCCUUUCUGACGAAAGCGAUGAUGACAAACAUCGCUUUGUACUCAAGAAGGUCACAACAGAUGACAGAAUCAUCUUCAACGAGCGACAGGCAGUUUGCCGUGUCAUCGACACCCUUCCCGAUUCCGGCGCAGUACUGAAACAUAGAUUCUGGUCGUGUCAUGACCAUGGCGAGCAUCUCGGUCCCACCUCCAAACACAGGUACGAGGUGAAAAGGUAUAUGGACUAUUGCUCUGCAGGCACACUUUCCAACAUCAUCGAAGAAUACAGUGCGGAAAAAUGGCAGCAGAAUACCGACGACCAGAUUCCUGAACCCAUGUUUUGGAUCACUCUCAUCACAAUCUCAGAAGCAAUCUACAAUCUCACAACCGGAUUGACGUACACACCAGGUACGGACGAUGCAGCAAAAGCCUUUGGGUGGAUACCAAAAGUGCAUCGCGACAUCAAGCCCAGCAACAUCUUCCUCAUGGAACCUCAAGAACCCUUCACUUCUUUCCCGCGACCUGUGCUAGCAGACCUCGAUGAUAUGCUCGAGCUCUUUGGAUAUGAGGAGUACACCAAGAAGUACCACUUGUUCACCCGAGGCUACGCUGCUCCGGAAAACAACAUCGACCUGCACACCCUAGACCCCGACUCCCGAGGCUUUGGCUACUUUCAAAAGCAGCCGCUCUCCUGCAAAACAGACAUCUGGUCUCUGGGCACCGUACUCUGGGAGAUGAUGCACAGUUUUCUCGGUCCCCACAAGGCUCAAGGCCUUUGGCACGGGGCUUAUACCCGCAAGAAGACCGACGGCGGUAGGUUUGAGGAGGUUGGUGGAGAGAAAGAUGAGGAGGGCGCAGAAGUGCUUGGGAGGUUUUGA